AUGCCUGAAGCGGAGGUGGAGCGAGAAGAAGUUUACAAUGAAAACUCAUUAUUCAAAUGUGAAGCACACUAUUUGGUUCGUCGUAAAGAUCCUACUGUAUGGGAACAAGUAUUACGUGAAAAUAAUCAAUAUCGCCGUCCUCUGAUUGAUCGAGUUAUUCAAACUGUAAUAGCCGAAACUCAAGAUGGGGAAGAACUUGCAGUUACCAUUAAAGCAUUUAUGACGGCCGAUAUACCAAAUAAUUUAAUUGAAUUAUUAGAAAAAAUUAUUUUUGAUAAUUCAGUAUUUAGUGAACAUCGUAAUCUAGAAAAUUUAGUUAUAUUAACAGCAAUCAAAGCCGAUCGGUCAAGUGUCAUGGGUUAUAUAAAUCGUUUGGAUAAUUAUGAUGUAUCAGAGAUAGCAAAUAUUGCUAUUAGUAAUCAAUUGUAUGAAGAAGCAUUUUCAAUCUACAAAAAAUUUGAAUUUAAUACAUCAGCUAUUCAAGUUUUAAUUGAUAAUAUUAAUAAUUUGGAUCAAGUAAAUCAUUUUGCGGAUCGAUGUAAUGAACCAGGUGUAUGGAGUUUAUUAGCCAAUGCACAAAUAAGAAAUGGUCUUGUAAAAGAAACUAUUUAUUCAUUCAUCAAAGCCGAUGAUCCAACAUCAUAUUUAGAAGUUGUCAAUGUUGCAAGUCAAAAUGAUAAUUGGGAAGAUUUAGUUCGAUAUUUACAAAUGGCACGCAAGAAAGCUCGAGAAACAUUUGUCGAAACAGAAUUAGCGUUUGCAUAUGCUAAAACAAAUCGACUUGCUAAAUUAGAAGAGUUUAUAUCUGAACCAAAUCAUGCUCAAAUUCAGAAUUGUUACUUAUCAUCAUACCAAGCAUUCUCAAUUAAAGAACUACAGUAG